CAGGCCACUUGCAGUUUGAAAUGAUCUGUAAACAAAGCCGUAAUUUUUCUGCAGCUCUCUUCUUCUCCUUCAAUUCUCUGCGGCGCGCCUCCUUUCGUUCGAAGACAAACCCUAAAGCCCAAACAACUCUUCCCAACAGAGUCCCCAAAUCCACGAGCUACACCAAUCCCCUGGCCGGCGGUGAUCGCCGGACGAUCCUAUCAGCCAUUCCUUCGCCGUCUGCACCGUCCGACUCCACAGCUGCCUCUAUUGUCUCCCUUCUUUCGGAACCCUCCGAUAUUCCUCUCGACCUCGAUUUCCAGCUCCAAAACUUCAAGAACAAGCUCACCUCCGACAUUGUGCUUCGAAUUCUCAGAAACUACAAGCAAUUGGGGAGAUCCCGAACCCUAGAGUUUUUCUCAUGGGCUGGGUUUCAGCUUGAGUUUCGUUUCGAUGAUGCGGUGGUGGAGUACAUGACCGACUUUCUCGGCCGGAGGAAACUCUUCGACGACCUCAAGUGGCUUCUGAAGACGGCGGCAUCGCGAAGAGGAGGCGUCUCGACACGAUCGGUCGCCAUUAGUAUAAGAUUCCUCGGAAGGCAAGGGAGGAUCAUGGAGGCGCUGGCUUUGUUUGAAGGGAUGGAGUUGGAGUUCUUCUGUAGACCGGAUAAUCUCGUAUUCAACAACAUUCUGUACGUGCUCUGCAGAAAAGAUCCACAUGAGGACUCCAUGGAUGCCGCGCUCUUAAUCUUUCGACAAAUGGGUCAGCCUGAUGAGUUCUCAUACAGCAACAUCCUUAUCGGCCUAUCCAGGUUUGGUAGAUUCGAGAUUGCCACUCAGAUUUUCCAUGAAAUGAGUAGAGCUCAUCUGAUUCCUACUAGAACUGCAGCCAACAUUCUUAUUAAACAAUUUUGUGAAUCUGGUGGGAAAAGGAAUUUGGUUGAGAAGGUUAGAGUUACAAGUUUUCGUAAUCCAUUUGAAAUAUUGGUUCCCUGUGUUAGAGCCGAGAGUUCUAUAGAGUCAGCAGUAGAGUUGUUUUGGGCGAUUUUUGAGCUGAAUUUGGUGCCCAGUGGACAUGUGAUUAAUUCUCUAAUUACAGAAUUAUCUCAUUUGCAGAAGUUUGAGGAGGCAUUUGAAAUUCUGAAAAUGGUUGGUGAUAGGAAACUGAGAUGUGGUGAUAAGAGCUAUAUGAUAGUUAUACAGGAAUUGUGCAAAAUUUGUAGAGCAGAUGAAGCUUCUGGUUUGUUUGAGAAGAUGUUGUCUGUAGGUUUUAAGCCAAAAGUUGCAGGCUACAAUUCAUUGAUUCAAAUGUUUUGCAGCCUAAGGCAUGUGGAGGAAGCGAAGAAAUACUUUGAUUUGAUGAAGAAGAAGAGGUGUGAGCCAGAUCAUGCAACAUAUUAUUUGCUGAUUAAUGCGUACAGUGAAGUUCGGAGUUGGGAGGCUGCUUAUGAAAUGGUGAUGGAAAUGAUGGAUAUGGGAUGGAAUCCUAAUUUUGAUUUAUGUAGGGUGCUGGGUGGCAUUUUAAGAGAGAAUGGGAGGAAUGAUUUGGUUCUGAAGAUGGAAAGGAAUAUGGAGAUUCAGCUCCUGCACGGUGAUUGUAAGGCUGGGAGAGUUGAUGCUGCCUAUGAAAAAUUGAAGGGGAUGCUUUCUAAAGGGUUCUAUCCGCCAAUUUAUGUAAAAGAUGCGUUUGAGAAAGCAUUUAGAAAGGCUGGGAAGUGGAAGAUAGCCUCUCAAAUCCUCAGUGAAAUGGAUCAAUUUGCAAUUCAGAAAAACGAUUAGUCUUCAUAAAGAAGGUGAUGGAUAUGCAAAUUUUCGUAUCCUACGGGGUUGAAAAAGCAGAACCUCAAUUUUCAUGGGGGACGUCGUCG